GACUUGUCGCGUUUGAGACCGCCACAGCAUUGGCCUGCGAGAAAGCUACACCGCACAGUAGAACUAAGUUUGAUCUCAGCCGAGUCGACCCCAUGCGGUCGAAGUAUCUGAAUAAAACCAUAUCCCAAAUCAAGCUCAAAAACAAAGCGAAAGUCGACGAUACCUUAAGCGAGCACAUGAUGGUAAGUGUCGAGUGA